AUGUUUUUCUUCCAAAAAAUUAAAAAUUUUUUCUUUUUAGAUGGUGACUUUAUUGAGGAUUUUUGGAAAUGGAAUGAUUUGUCAAGCUUUAUUGUGGCAUUACUUUUUUUCACAAUAAUAUUCUCUUUACUUAAUGGAAUUUUCUACACGAAUGUAUAUUUUGUUGAAGCAUUGGGAUUAAGUGCGUUACUUGUAGAAGCAUGUCUUGGAAUUCCCCAAUUAUUGCGAAAUUUUCAAAGAAAAUCAACUGUUGGAAUGAGCGUAAAAAUGGUAUUAAUGUGGUUAAUUGGAGAUUUAGGCAAAACAAUUUAUUUUGUUGUCCGUGCAAGUCCGGCACAAUUUUGGAUUUGUUCUUGUCUUCAAAUUACAAUAGAUAUUUUAAUUCUUCUUCAAGUUUGGAUUUAUGGACGUAAACACCCUCAUUCAACUGACUUACAUAAUACUUCCCUUCCAAAUAGUUUUGAGCCAAGCACUACAUCAAAAAUUUAAAAAAUUAUUUUUGACUUCUCAAUUUUUUUUAAAUUUUUUGGUCCCGUUUAUAGAAAAACAAUGGUGAUAUAAUUAAAGUUUUGUAAAAAAUAUUUUCCUCACAAACUUGUCCUCCACAGAUUUUUUGAGAUGUUUGUGUCUGUGAUCUUUAAUUGGUUUUUUAUAACCUUUUGGAAUAUAUUAUUUAAAAAUUUCAAGAACACAAACACACAUUUCUCUCUUAAUUAAAUUCUCUAACAAAAAUGUCACAAAAUUUGAAUGAAUUUUCUUUUUUUAUUUAUUCGUGAUUAUUCCUUUCUUUUCGUUUGUCUGUCACUUCGCGCAAAAAUUUUGUUUUUUUGAUUAUAAUUUUGUCAAUGCUUUCUCUUUUUAUUAUUUUUCCUUUAAAAUUAGUCUGCCCAUUAUUUUUCAAUUUAGCAUAU